CAUUGUGGGCGUCGGUGCGGAAGUGUCGGGGUUGUAGUCGGUGUUGUAGUCCCGCAGACAGGAGCAGCAUGCGGGGAGAGGAGGCCGGCGCGGCGCGGAGGAGUCUGGACGGCCUGUGCCAGGAGCUCAACAUGGACGAGGGCACGGCCUCCGAGGCCCUCACGGCCUUCUGCGGCAUGAGGGCCACCUACACGCUGGAGGGCGACGUGGUGCACUGGUUGGCCUGCUCUCUGUAUGCAGCCUGCAGGAAGGGCUCCACCCCCACGGUGGGUAAAGGGUUAAUGGAGGGGAACUGCGUCUCCCUCACCAGGAUCCUUCGCACGGCCAAACUCAGUCUGAUCCAGUUCUUCUCUAAGAUGAGGAAGUGGGCCGACAUGUCCAACCUCCCUCAGGACUUCCGGCUGCGCAUGGAGCGUCUGGAGCGCAACUUUGAGGUUUCCACCGUCAUCUUCCGCAAGUUCGAGCCCAUCUUCAUGGACAUGUUUCAGAACCCGCAGGGGGGGGAGCGGCCACGGCAACCACGCAGCAGGAAGCACAGGCGUCUGCCGUGUCACAUCAGCGAUGUGUUCAAGUUCUGCUGGACUCUGUUCGUCUACACCAAAGGUAACUUCCGUAUGAUCGGCGACGACCUGGUGAACUCGUACCACCUGCUGCUCUGCUGUCUGGACCUGGUGUUCGGCAACGCGUUGCUCUGCGCCAACAGGAAGGACCUCAUCAACCCCACCUUCAGAGGUCUGCCGGCUCUGUACCGCGCUGACGGCCAUGUUUCUCCAGACGAGCCUCCUCCGUGUGUGUUGGAGCGGUUGUGUGAGCUGCAUGACGGGCUGGUGGUGGAGGCCAAAGGCAUCAAACAGCACUACUUCAAACCGUACAUCCAGAAGCUGUUCCACAAACAGAUCCUGAAAGGCAACGAGGAUCAUUUGACAGAACUGUUGGAUCCUCAGAGCUUCAUUGAUAACAAUAAAGCCAUAAACAGGGAGUAUGAGGAGUACGUGUUGACGGUGGGAGAUUUCGAUGAGCGAGUGUUUCUGGGAGCCGAUGCCGACGAGGAAAUCGGGACUCCGAGGAAAAUCGUUCAGGAACCGUCAGCCAGUCAGACGAACGCUCAGAGCCAGCUGCAACAACACGUAGAGAAGUCGGGCUCUCUCGCCCCCUCCACCCCUCUGACGGGGCGGGUCUACCUGAAGGAGAAGGACCUGCUCGUUACGCCCGUCUCCUCGGCAACGCAGAGCGUCAGCCGGCUGCAGAGCAUGGUGGGGGGGCUGAGGACGGCGCCCAGCGACCACCUGAUGCAGAUCUUCAGGUCCUGCUCCAGAAAUCCCACAGAGUCCAUACUGGCCAGAGUGAAGACACUGGGACAAACCUUCAAAGAACAUUACACCAACGACUCAGAGGACAUGCCCGGCUCGCAUAUAGACUUUGCAGAGAACCGUCUGAAGCUGGCUGAGAUCCUCUACUACAAGAUCCUGGAGAACGUCCUGGUUCAGGAGACCAAACGUCUGCACGGCAAAGACAUGAGUGUGUUAUUGGAGCAGGAUAUCUUCCACUGUUCCCUGAUGGCGUGUUGUCUGGAGGUGGUGUUGUUCUCCUACAGCUCCCAGAGAACCUUCCCCUGGAUCAUCAACAUCUUCAAACUGACCCCAUUCUACUUCUUCAAGGUGAUCGAGGUGUUCAUCCGCUCAGAGGAAGGCCUGUCCAGAGACAUGGUGAAGCAUCUGAACCUCAUCGAGGAGCAGGUUCUGGAGAGCAGAGCGUGGAGCGCAGACUCUGCCCUGUGGAGCGCCUUGCAGGCUGCUGGGAACAAGGUCCCCACGGUGGAGGAGGUGAAUUUCCCCUCCAGUCUGGACACGGGUGCUGGUCCUGGUUCUGGCGUUGUGGGUCAGUCUCUCCUGCCUCUGGUCGCCCUCUCCCCCAUCAUCCACCCCCGCAUCAGGGAGUUCAGAUCCGGUCUGGGCAGCGCUCGUAAAGACGUUCCUCCGUCUCCGUUGUCGGUCCACGACCGGUACAGCUCCCCGGCAGCUGGCAGCGCUAAACGCCGUCUGUUCGGCGAUGACCCUCCUUCCCGAUCUUUGGGCGUGAUCCCCAGCAGCCCGAUGACGUCGCCCGCCAAAAGGUUGACGUUCGGCACCAGCAGCACCCUGAGGAUCGGAGCUCAGGGCGCCCAGACCACCGUCCUCAGCAUCCCGCUGCAAGGUGGGAACAACGACCGCACUUUCACGCUGAUCCCGGUUCAGCCGUGUGACUCCUCCGGUACGAUCACCGCUCAGUUCCUGCUGACCGCCUCUCCGAGCCGCUCCGCCCCCACGACCUCCGACCCCCAGACGGGAACCGGCCGGCCGCGACGCACCGGAUCCCUCGCUCUGUUCUUCAGGAAGGUGUACCACCUGGCCAGCGUCCGUCUCAGGGAUUUGUGCGUGAAGAUGGACGUAUCAUCGGAGCUGCGAGGGAAAAUCUGGACGUGUUUUGAAAACUCGCUGGUCCACAGUACCGGUCUGAUGAGGGACCGACACCUGGACCAGCUGCUGCUGUGCAGCGUGUACAUCAUAUCUAAAAUCACCAAAGAGACUCACAGCUUCCACGACAUCAUGAAGUGUUAUCGCAGCCAACCACAGGCCAGCAGCCACGUGUACCGCAGUGUGUUGCUGUGUCACAGAGAGCAGGUGGCGGAUGAGAACAUGGAGGUGGAUCCUGUUUCAGGUGGAGAAUCUGCAGAGAAAAGCAAUCCGGUGUCGGGCCGAGCCGACCAAUCAGGGGAGGAGGAGCGCGGUGACCUCAUCCAGUUCUACAACGGCGUCUUCGUCCUGAAGAUGAAGAGCUUCGCGCUGCGCUACGCCGUCCAGGACAACCGGGCCGACGCCCCCCUCUCUCCGUUCCCGGCGGUCCGCUCUCAGCCUCUCUCUCCUCGUCGGGUCUCUCAGAGACACUCUCUCUACGUUUCUCCUCACAAGAACUCAGCCGGCUGUCUCACCCCGAACUCCUUCACCUACAGGAUCAACAGCAGCCCGUCCAAGGAGUUAUCCGACAUCAACCGUAUGAUCCGUCAGGGCAGCGCCAGCAGGAAGCGGGCCUUCACCAUGGAGGGGGACGUGAUGAUGUCAUCAGCCUGCGACUCCCCCAGUAAGAGGGCGUGUCCUGAGAACGGCAGCAGCGCCGACGUUCUGCUGAAGCGGCUGCAGGACGUCGUGUCGGAGCGACAGAGUCACUGACCAACCAACACGAACGUUUCAAUUCUUUUACAUGUUUCUGACCUGAGAACAGCUCAGCCCAGUUAUCACAACCCAACAUAGCAAUAAUAUUAUUAAUACGUAAACAUGGGAUCACUGAGAAAAACUGUUAUCCCUCUGCUGCACCUGAACGCACCUGAAAACACCUUAUUAAUAAUAAUAAUAGUAUUAAUAACCUGCAGCAUUAACAGGUGUGUUUGAUGUCGUUCAGACGAGCGUUCUCUCCUGAUUCAAAGGUCCUCAGCUGUUGUUGGAGGAGUUCUAGUAGAAGGUUUUCAGGAGCAGAGGGUUCCUCUUAGAACCGGAGACUCGGUCCGUCAUAAACUCAUCAGGGACUGAAGCUGAAGGUUCCAUCUUCACUCAGGUCAAAAUAUGUGAAAGAAAAACAGUUUGGGAUUUGAACCUUGAACCUGUAAAUAGUUUCUUUAACAGUAAACGGCCGAUCCGUCUCUAUUGUACAUUCUGUUCUGAAACACGUCUUCACUACUAAUCUCUACUUUUAGAGGUUUUAUUCUUUAAUAACUAGUUUUAAAGCUUCCUUUUAAUCUGAACCACAGUUCCUGUGAGACGCUGUGGUAACGCAGCGUUUCUUUACCUUGAGUGUGUAGUAUCUACACUUUAUCAUUUUAGAAAACAUCCAACAAUCUCUGCUGGUUUGUCAUUAAAGAUGACCACUGUUUGUAUAAAAGCACAUUAAAGCUGCCCACACAAUAAUGAAAGUAAAUCUGUACACAGAAAACAAGUUUGUGUCUUUUUUGUUUUUUCUGAAAAAAAAAGUCUGAGGUUUUGUAAAAUAAAUUGU